AGAUGGAGAGAACUCGGUCUUGAAGCUGAAAAAAGAUCUCUUACGCUCACGAAAUUAUGUACAACGCGAUGGAGUUCGCGAAUUGAUGCUGUACGGGCUGUUCGUGACAGGUAUCCACAUAUCAUGAGAGUAUUAACACGGUUGUCUUUAACAUCUACUAAUAAAGCAGAAAGAGAAGAUGCAAAACAAUUGAAAAACAAAAUAGAUAAACUCGAAUUUGUUAUAUUUAUCGUUAUGUGGGAGCGAGUUUUGCGAGCAAUCAACAGCGCUUCAAAAGAGUUGCAGUCGCAAAAGAUUGAUCUGUCAGUUGCAUCAAGGCUUUUAAACUGUGCACUGUGCAUUGUCGGAACUCGUGAUCUUAAGAAGUUCUUGGAACUCAGUUCUUUUAACUGCGACAGCCCAGGUCUGGAGUUUAUCUGUAACGUUUGA